AUGGUUGCCACGUUGUUACAUCCGUUUAAUUUUAACAAAUCCUUGGACACGACGUGCCACCCAAAAAAUGCACGAACCGUGCAAUUGGGAAGAAUACUAACCGGAGGCACCACCACGGUACAGUCUCCACCCAUGUAUACCAACUUAAAGGAAAAACAAAUGGACACACUUGAUAAGGGUAGCGCCGAUGUGUUUAGUAAGCGGUUGCACGCGCUAAUACAAGAUGAAAAUUUUAGAAAACAAUAUGAACGCCUCCUCCACGGCAAUGAAUUCACGCGGAUUUUCUCCGACAUGGUCAUUGAUUAUGAAAAUUUAAAAAAAACAGGCGUACCAAAUGUGCCAAAUGGGCCUCAUUUUAUGAAUAAUGAUGCCAGCUCAGAUUGGGAAGAAGCCAUAAAAAAAAUUUCCUCCUCCUCCGAUAGAAAAGAUGCUACAGGAAAGUUUACCCUUUCGAAUAGGAAAAAACGCUCACGGAACUUUGACCAAUCAGACGAAUCUCUUAAUUUGGACAAUUUUGAUGAUGACUGCGCCCAUGUUGAUGAUGACCUACCCACAUUUACUGGCAGUAUGGAAAGUCUCUUCCUUAAAGAACAGCAGGCUAGAUUUCCUCAUCGUGAGGAAGAAGUAGAUGACCUAUCCGCAUUUACUGGAAGUGAAAACACUCUUUUUGAGGAGAAACAAACCACAGUUCCCCAUCGUCAUCAUUAUCAUCAUCAUUAUGAUGAUCGUGAUGAUGACAUGUCUACGAACUUUGCUAGUGUGGAGAGUAUUUUUAAGGAACCAAAUGAUGGCUAUGCUGAUAACGUGUCCACAAUUUCUGGCAGUGUAGACACUCUUUUUAAAGAACAGAGCAGGUUUUCUUAUGACGAUAGGAGAGUUAAUCCAUCCGUUGGCACUUACUCAUGCAAGAGUGAAUAUACUGGUACUGAAUACUACGAUUCCUAUGGGAAUCUCUACCAUGUAGUGGACGAAAAUAAUGAACAUGAACGGGCAAAGGCAAAAACAGGAGUACAUUUACCCAUGCUAGAUGAACAUCCUACAAAAGAACAUAAAUAUUAUAACAGUUUUAAAAAUGUUAAAAAGAGAAAUAGUGUAAAGGAGAAAAUAUACAAGCAUAUACCAUUCCUAGGCAAGUUCUUUAAUAAAAUCGAUGCCAAACUCGAGUCAGAAAUCAGACGUUAUUUGGACAUUAAGGAGAUAGAAAAACAAAAUUACCCAGUUAGAAAAGUAAAAGGGACACGAAAAUUUUUAAAUUUUCUUAGCAAGAACAGAGUGUUUGUCCCUCUUGGUGUAUUGGGAAUAGUUUUCUCGAUAUUUCUUGCAUUCCUACUAAUAACGGAAUUCUCUGGCGUAUCGUCCUUCCUGUUCCUUUUGUCCGGCUUUAUUCCGUCUGCAGGAACAAUUACCUCCCCGGUAUUAUCUGUCUUAUCUUAUAUAGUGCCCCCCGUGGCCACUGCUUUGGUUUGUGGUGUAUAUAGUUUCCUGGUACUUUAUUACGAGCGCAAAUUAUAUAAAAUAAGACGCUCAAGGAAACAUAUAAAAAAAUUAAGUGCCAUGAGAAAUAAGGACGACGACUAA